AUGGGUGAUACAAAGAAGGAAGAACGUGCAAAGCAGACUCAAACACGAAGUGUUUCUGUAGGUUGUAACGCUCCUGUUAAAGUCGCUAGCUCUGGUAGUCAAACGUGUCAACUUCAAGUCAAAGAAACUCGAUUAAGCCUUUGA